AUGAUUACUGGUAAUAACUACCACCAUCAAGAACUACCAGUACCACCACCAUCACAACUACCACCAUAUAGGUCCGUGAGCCAGCAACAGGCACGGCCAGGUGGACCCGUGAGCCGGCAACAGGCACGGCCAGGUGGACCCGUGAGCCCGCAACAGGCACGGCCAGGUGGCUCCGUGAGCCAGCAACAGGCACAGCCAGAUGGAUCCGUGAGCCAGCAACAGGCACGGCCAGGUGGACCCGUGAGCCCGCAACAGGCACGGCCAGGUGGCUCCGUGAGCCAGCAACAGGCACGGCCAGGUGGCUCCGUGAGCCAGCAACAGGCACGGCCAGGUGGACCCGUGAGCCAGCAACAGCCACGGCCAGGUGGACCCGUGAGCCAGCAACAGGCACGGCCAGGUGGACCCGUGAGCCAGCAACAGGCACGGCCAGGUGGGUCUGCACGUAUGUUGUCUCACAUUUUAGGAAAUUGCUGUGAAAAAAAGCGUGGAAUGAGCUCUAUAUUUAUGGUGAAAGUCGCAUGUUGA